GCAGCAGCCUAUAAAGGCGGCAGGAGGCGGCUCCUCCGGAUCACACACAUCAGAGUCUUCGUUGCUGUUUUGUGCUCUGCUGUAGAGAACGAUGUCUGGACGCGGCAAACAAGGAGGCAAAGUCCGGGCUAAGGCCAAGACCCGCUCCUCCCGGGCAGGGCUCCAGUUCCCGGUCGGCCGAGUGCACAGGCUCCUCCGCAAGGGCAACUACGCCCAGAGGGUGGGCGCCGGCGCUCCCGUCUACUUGGCCGCUGUGCUCGAGUAUCUCACCGCCGAGAUCCUGGAGCUGGCCGGCAAUGCCGCCCGCGACAACAAGAAGACCCGCAUCAUCCCCCGCCACCUGCAGCUGGCCGUGCGCAACGACGAGGAGCUCAACAAGCUGCUGGGCGGCGUCACCAUCGCCCAGGGAGGCGUCCUGCCCAACAUCCAGGCCGUGCUGCUGCCCAAGAAGACCGAGAGCACCAAGUCGGCCAAGAGCAAGUGAGCCCGGAACCAAAGGCUCUUCUA